AUGGAUGAAGAUUUGAAACCGUGGGGCUUGUACAGCCUUGAAGGCGCUGACGAGCCUGAACCGCUUGAGUCGAUGAAGAACCUCUUCACACGAUACCGCAACGUGCGGGGCAAGACGACGAGUCAUGCAUACACUGAAGACGCACUGCAACGAUCUUGGUGUGCCUUCAUCAGACACUGGAACGCGAGUCGACGUGAAGGAACAUCCUUCACGUCCUGGAUCGAGAGACGCGAGGACACUCGUGGUGUGCACGCUAUUGGCGAUUUACGCUGA